AUUUUACCUGCUAGUCCUGUCGCUGUCAUUGGCCAAGAUGACAUUUCAAUGACGUUUGACAUUCUUGACGUGUAUGUCAAACCACAGAUUGCACUAAACGUUCUUGUUUUUCGUAGAUAACGGAUAGUAACGAUUGUUUUACCAUUUCCGCUCGGAAUUUUGUGAUAAGUGACUUUUCUUCAGUGUAAAAAAUUUCUCAAGGAAUUUAUAUACUAUGUAAUGUUACGUAAUAUAUAAAUUCCUUGUAAUUUACAAGUUACAAAUCCAGAAAUGUGGGUUGACAUGUGGAGUUCGGUGGAGAACGGGUCGGAAGGACCGCGGGCGGCGCCGUGUUCCCGCGGGAAGCACUCGGCCACAUUGCUCGGCGGCUACGUAUAUGUACUGGGAGGUCGCGGCGCCGGUGGCUCCGUCCCUCUGCGGGACUUCUGGAGGUACUGUUUAGCAAGCGGUGUAUGGGAGCGUAUAGAGGCGCGCGGAGAGGCCCCGCCGGCUCUGCAGGAGCACAGUGCCAGCGCGCACGGCCAGCGACUGUAUGUGUUUGGUGGAGAAGCAGGUGCCUUGUCCAGCGAGACACCGCUCUGGAUAUAUGAUACGGAGAUUCGAGUAUGGCGCAAGCUGGCAGGCCAGCCGACGUACACGACAACACUGCGACGACGCGGCUCGAAGGACGCGCGCGGCGCGUGCGCUGGCCCCCGCGGCCGCCGCGGCCACUCGGCCCACACGCUCAAGGACUGCCUGCUUAUAUACGGGGGGUACAAAGACUUGAGAGGGUCUACAAAUGAGCUCUGGGCUUUUCAUUACGAGUCGGAGUCGUGGCAGGCGGUGCGCACGGCGGGCGCGGGCCCGGCGCGGCACCGCCACGCGGCCGCGCUGCACCGCGCGCGCCUCUACGUGCACGGCGGACAGUGCGACCUGCGCGACUGCGCCGACCUCUGGCACUACGACACCAUAUCCCGUGUGUGGACGCAAGUCCGCACUCCAGCCAAGUUGUCGCCGAGCGCGCGCAGCGGCCACGCGGGGCUGCGUGCCGGCGCUCACUUCUACAUAUUCGGCGGGGAGGCCAACGGCCACUCCACCAACGAGCUCUGGAGGUUUCAUUUUGAAUCGGAAACAUGGGAGCGAAUAGUCCAAAGCUUAAAGUGGCCCUCCCCGCGAGUGGACUGCAGCGCGCUGCUGGUGCCGUGGGCGCCGUCGCGCGCGGCGGACGCGGCGGGGCGCGGGCGCGGCGCGGCGCCGCCGGCGGCGGGCGGCGGGCUGCUGCGCGAGAUCUCCAAGCUGUCCAGCGUGCACCUGCGGCGCGGCGCGCGCUGCUCGUACAGCGUGCUGGCGGCCGAGCGCGACUCCACCGAGAGCCUCGUGCGCCACGAGGCCGCGCUCGCCAAGUCGCACUCCGCCUACGCCAUCGACGAGCGGCAGCCGGCCGACGGCCACGACGGGCCGCGCGAGGCCGACCCGCCCGACGGCCGCGGCGAGCUCGCGCGCGAGCCCGUCUCGGUGCCCGACUUCGUGGACGUGGUGCCGGCGCCGGCCGCGCCGCCCGCGCCCGCCGUCACCAAGCUCGUGUACCUGGACUCGGACGAGGAGGAGGAGGCGCGGCGGCGGCGCGCGGCGCGGCUGCCCAAGUCGGCGUCGGUGCGGUUCACGCGCGGCGCGGCCGGCGACGAGGACGAGGCGGAGCUGUCGACGUCGGACUACGCGAGCGCGGAGCGCGUGAACCGCGUGGCGGGGUUCAGCAACCCGCACUACCUGGGCCCGGACGUGCGCGCGCUGGGCGCGGCGCGGACGCCGGACUCGGGCGUGGGCGACGCGCUCGAGCUGCGCGCGCUGGCGCCGCGCCGGCCGGCCGCGCAGCUGCACGUGCUGCUGCUGGGCGGCCGCGAGCCGCCGCACCUCGCGCUGCUGCAGGCACCGCUCUCCAUGUGGACCUACCGCCUGCUGUAGGCCGCCGCCCCUGCCGUCUUCUCGUCCACUCAGUAGGUUCUAGGCUAGUUCGUGAGCUUCUUUCGCGGUAGUGUAGCCGUCGAUCGUAGAGUAGCUUGCGGCUCCGAGAAUAAUGAUGUUACGUCCAGCGGAGUCUUCGAUAUACUUUCCAAAAAAUUGUUAUUGUCUAGAUUUAUAGAGCGAAUGUGUAUUGUUCAGCCCGACGGCGGCGAGCGAGCAGAGAGAAUUCGUAAAGAUGUUUCAUAGGGUCGUCGCUCACUGGCCUGCGGCGACAUUCUUUGAACGAGUAACAAAUGCUACCUUCUUAAAAAAGAAUAACUAAUCUUUUAAUACGCGUUACGUAUUAU